AUGGAGAGCUGCUCUGCCUGUCCUGCAGGUCACUACUGCUCCACUGAGGGUCUGGCUAACCCCAGUGGCCCCUGUGCUGCUGGUUUCUUCUGCCCUUUUGACUUCUCUUCAACCACUCCAUAUGCAUUCCUCUGUCCCAAGGGCCACUACUGUCCAGAAGGUUCUGCCCAAGCCUUGCCUUGUCCCACAGGAGAGUACCAGCCGAACCCGGGCUCAGAUAGCUGUAUCCCCUGCCGACCUGGAUUCUACUGUGAGGAGGCCAUAGUGGGGGAUCCGUGGCCCUGCCCACCACACUCAUUCUGCCCUGCAGGCACCAUGGUGCCUCAGCCCUGCCCCAAUGGGACAUACACUCAGCCAAACCAGGGAGGACUACAGGAAGAGAGAGAGUGUUUACCCUGCCCUCCGGGGAAGUUCUGCAGGGCUGGAAGGAUCCAGGGUGUGUGUGCUGCUGGGUAUCUUUGUGUUUCUGGGAGUGCAGAUUUCACCCCUCAGGGACCAAUGUCUAACCUGACCCAGUGUCAGUGGGGCAUGCAGUGUGCUGGACCAUGCCCACCAGGUUACUAUUGUCCUGAGGGCACAGAGGAAGCUCAGUUUUGUCCUGCAAAUACUGUAAGAAGCUCCCCAGGAGGCACCAGCCUACAAGACUGCUUACCCUGCCCACCUCAGUACUGGUGUAAAGUCGGAGAUCCAGUUCUACAUCCGUGUCCUGCUGGUCAUUACUGUGAUGGUCUGCCUGGCAGUGACUUCAGUGGAGCGACAGGACCCAGGCCAUGUCCUCUGUACACCUAUCGAGCUUCCCCUGGAGCAGGCAGCAAGGGUGACUGCCUGCCCUGCCCCCCUGGGUCACACUGUAACAGCACAGGGCUUACCGACUUUGCCAGCAGUCCCUGCCCACCUGGUUACUGGUGCAGUGGGUCUGGACCCCCCAUCUUCUGCCCUGCAGGCACCAAGAGGCCCCUUCCUGGAGCUGCUACACCUGGACAGUGUGAACCCUGUGCAGGGGGAACCUUCUGCCCAGACCCAUGGGCUACAGGGAAGCCCAAUGUGGAUGGGAUUCCUUGCAGGGCCUCUUAUCAGUGUUCCAUUGGUGCAGUCUCAGAGAAGCUGUGCAGAGCUGGCUCAUACUGUGGACAUGAGACCGCUGAGCCCCAAGUCUGUCCUGAAGGUGCUGACCACUACAAGAGUAACCCUUGCCCUCUUGGGUAUGUCUGCCGCAUGGGAUCCAUUCAACCAAAACCCUGCCCCCCUGGAUCCUUUGGUAACCUCACUCGUGCUGAGACAAUGGGUGACUGUCACCCAUGUCCAGCUGGCACCUUCAACCACCUGCCUGCCCAGAAGGCCUGCUUUCCCUGCGGCAGCUCCUCUACCUCACAAGCAGGUUCUUCUUCCUGUACCUGUAUUGGUAAGAAUCGUGCAUUCCAGCACUCGGAUGGUUCAUGUUUGUGUAGAACUGGUUUUAUCUUCUACAAUGAGCUGGAUUUCAAAAGCUCUACCUCUGACAGUGAAUUGGACUGCCAGCCUGAGGUGAACAGACGGUGUGCCACAGGACAGGUGCGCCUGGCAGCAUCCAGAGUAUGUGUGUCACCUUCCCUCCACUCCUGCAAUAUCACCUGCGGACCACAUGGAGGAACUCUGGAUGUGGAGAUGGGAAUCUGCCAGUGUGAGCGAUAUGUGUCUGCUGAGGAGCUUUGCAAUACUUCCUGCCUUUCCCGACUGCCUCAGCUCUCUGCCCAGCUCUCGGCAGAUGGACACCUGCUGCUCAGCCUGAAAGAAAGAAACGACAUGAUUUGGACAAGGACUGUUAUGGAUGUUUUAGGACCAGAUAUCCAUGCAAAGAAUUUUGGGAAAGUCCAUUUGGUCCAUUUUGACUCGGAAGGAGUGUUUGGUUUGAUUCCAACACGGAAAGAGCUCAUCAAUCAGUUUUUAUCAGAACCAAUAGAACUCCUAAAUAAAAGACCUAGAGAGAGGAGAGAUGCAGAUCAGGGUGGUGAUGAUAAUGCUGGUGACCUGGCUGUUCCUCCUCGAAUCCCCAACCCGAUUGCUUGUCUCUCCUCUGGUGACAUGCUCAUUUUCCAUCUCACCAUCAACCACACUGACCGCCGUUUUAGUCACUUCCCAGUGUAUCAGAAAGACCACCUGUUCAAUAGUAACCCCAGCUGGGACUUUGGUGCCUUCAGACAUCUGCAGAUACUCAUGAAGCAAACACACUUCAGCUCCACAAGGUUUGCCCACAUUUUCUCAGAAACAGGGAAGUAUGUGUUUGUGGACAGUGCUGUCCCAGAUUGGAGUAUGGUGGUGGUUGUCAGUGAGGAGGGGACGGAGUGUGAUUCUCGGGCAUCUGUGUUCCAGCCCAUGACUCCGGCCCAGCUGGUCAGAUACGGGAUAGUCAAGAAGCACAGACUCAACCUUCUGCCUGACUGGGGAGUGAUAGCAGGGGUCCUGAGUCUGCUGCUGGUUGCAGUGGUAGUUCUGACCACCACAGUGCUAGUUCUGCAACCCAGCAAAGCGAAGCUCGUCUCUCAGUGGAGGAUGAAGCCAAAGUGGCGCAGCCUUGGGGAGCCCUUCUGUCCAGUGGAGUGCGUUUGCAAUGGAGACAGCAUAGCUGUCCCAAGCAUAGGCGGUGUCCUAGGCAGUAGGGGUGUAGGAGAAGGCGCAGAGGCUGAGGAGCCUACUGUUUCAAAGGGAGGAAGUGUGUCAGGGCGCUGCGAUUUGGAGGAGUUCAACGUGAAGACUCUAUACGACAAACUAGAGGAUCAGAACCUCCACAUAGCCUCACAACUGGCUCGACACCGCAAAGACACACAGGAGUUCUACCGAAACAUUUGUCAACAGACUGAAACACUCAAGAAUGUCUUUGAGAAUAUGGAUCAUAAAAAACUGAGUCUUCUUAAAGAGCUGCUGGUCCAUAACGCAGUGAGGGAUAAACCGUCUAAGAGCAGUGUGGGAAACAGAGAUACGCAAGUCCAUCUUCAGAUUACAGCCCCCUGUCUAAGUGACCAUGACCUAUCCAAACUGGUCAGCAUAUCUCCUUUAUUCAAGACCCUGCAGGAGAUCCAGCAGUCUUUACAGAACCUCACCACAGCUGAGUGUGGUCAGCAUCUCCACAAUGCUACAGAGAAUUCUGUCCAGGAGAACCAUGAUGGACAGCUUAUCCUGACUCCAUUGGACAACCUCUCACCUCAACACUCUGCUGUUUUCCUGUUUGGUUGCCGGGUGAUGCAGUUGCUUGAAAACUGCCCCCUGUUCCCCUCUGUGCUUCUGCUACUGGCCAAGUCAAUGCCCGGUUCUUCAUCCUCUUCUAAUGAGGCUAUACUGGCACAUUGCUCAGGGGACUUUUAUUUUGAUGCGACCAAUCAAAUCCUUUAUCUGUCAGAGGCAAAGCUUCAACACGCGGGACAUUUUAUUGCCAUCAUCCUGCAGUCCAUGGCCCACAUAGCGGCAGGUAAUGAGAAAGUGGUCAUAGGAGUGAGUCCUGGAAAUCCAAUCUUGUGUCCUGGUUUUAGAACAGUCAUGUGUAGUACAGUGUAA